GAUGUGGAAAAACGAAUGGACGGAGUGGAUUUCUCACAAACAUCAUGGUGGACCCCGAUAUAUUGUCGCAGAAGUUCCUGCGAAAGACAGGCGAUCCGCGCCCGGAGCGAGCAAGCAUGGGCGAGCCUUUCCAACAACGCCCAGCCUCUCUCUGAUUUCUCUAUAUAUAGGGUGGCUAGCGGUGUUCUCUUCCAACAGGAGAGGAGAGAAGAAAGGAGAUUUUCUCUUCUCCUACUACGAAAGCCUCGAAUAAAAAGAGGGAAAAUGGAGGUAUCCGAAAAGAUCAUCAUAGAUACAGAUCCUGGGAUCGAUGAUAGCAUGGCCAUCUUGAUGGCUUUUCAAAUGCCAAAUCUGGAGAUCUUGGGUUUGACAACAAUAUUUGGUAAUGUUAGGACAGAAGAUGCCACUCGCAAUGCAUUGCUUCUGUGUGAGAUUGCGGGGCACCCUAACAUUUCAGUGGCAGAGGGAAGUCAUGAACCUUUGAAGGGUGGAAAGCCUCGUGUUGCCGACUUUGUUCAUGGUUCUGAUGGAUUGGGGAACAUAUUUCUACCAUCCCCCAAGGGAAAGAAAAUUGGGAAAAGUGCAUCCGAAUUCUUGGUCGAUAAGGUGUUGGAAUACCCUGGUGUUGUAUCCAUACUUGCAUUAGGACCACUGACGAAUUUGGCAUUAGCAAUUAAAAGGGAUUCAUCCUUCGCUAGCAAGGUGAAGAGAAUUGUCAUACUUGGUGGGGCUUUCUUUGCCUCUGGAAAUGUGAACCCUGCUGCCGAAGCAAAUAUAUAUGGGGACCCAGAAGCAGCAGAUGUUGUGUUCACUAGUGGUGCAGAUAUCGUUGUUGUUGGCAUAAACAUCACCACCCAAGUCACACUAACAGAUGAGGCCCUCGCUGAAUUGAAGGCAUCAAACGGAAGAUAUGCACAAUUCAUAUCUAACAUGUGCCAGUUCUAUAGAGACUGGCAUGUGAAAUCCGAUGGCGUUUAUGGGAUUUUUCUCCACGACCCUGUCAGUUUCACUGCACUUGUACGGCCCGAUCUUUUCACAUUCAAGAAGGGAGUGGUGAGGGUGGAGACACAGGGCAUCUGUUUAGGACAUACCUUGAUGGACCAAGGGCUGAAAAGAUGGAAUGUUAGUAACCCUUGGUCAGACUAUUCACCGGUCUCGGUUGCAUGGACAGUUGACAUCCAAGGAGUCCUUGCAUUUAUCAAGAAUCUGCUAAUGAAACAGUAAUAUUAUCUCAAGGCCUUUCCUACACAACGCCAUCAGGAAAAGGCUGAAAACGGAGGUGAAGAGGUUGGAUUCAUUCCAAGACAUUAGAAGAUUCUCCUUUGUUAGUUCAUAUCCAUUCGGCAUCUUUCUAUUUUCUCCUACUCUUGCUUGUUGGUGAGGCCCAUAUCGCAAAAGUGCAACUGGUUCAUGUGUCAUUUAUUGUUCAUUUGAAUUUCGGUAUAAGUACCCUUACUGAAUUAUGUAGUUGAAAUGUUCUUGCUUCAAAUAAACUCGUCAUUUAUCA